AUGCGCCCUUUGCCAGCCAAGGAAGGGAUGUUUGAAGUCGCUACGCUCUCCCGGUGCUGUGGACAGAGCUGCGGAUCACGCGAGCCAGCGGCCCAACAACACAUCACAGUCGCAGUGGUGGCGGACUUCGAAUGGGAUGUCAUGUCACGACACGAUGGGCCUGUGCUGGGCUUCCUCAUCGAUUUCAUUGUGGAGAAACCAGAUCACAUACUCCAAGUUGCGGAGGUGGUAAACAUCUUGCUCACCUCCGAUGACUGGGCUGCUGGUCUCGACGCCGAGGUGAUGCAGGAUCUCGUCCUCCAGCUCACAAGCGAGCAGCAGGCAGUUCUCGGAAUCCAGAACGAUGUGCUCCUGGCGCAGCUUCCACCGCUAGCGGUGGAACUGGCACAGGAGCGAGCAUCGAAACUGCUACAGGAUGCCGGCCAAGUUCGGAAGGAGCUCGAUCGUGUCCGCGCUGGCUUAGGCGAGGGCGGCCUGCGAUUCAAAAGCUCUGUUCAGGAGCUUCGAUUUGAGCCAAGCUACAGGUCUGGCGGUCACGUGUCGGCGGAGACUGGUGAGGAGGAGGGUGGCGAAGAUGCAAGUCCAUCUGGUUGGCGAUCGACCACUACACCCGAUGGCAACCGUUACUACUACCAUCAGCGAACGAAAGAGAUCCGUCGCAUUCCUCCUGGAGUUGGGACAGCCUCUGCGUCUGAAGCCAGCAGUAGAGCCAAACCCUGGGUUGGCGAGAGGGUCGAAGUCUUCAGCAACUCCGUCCGAAGCUGGUGCCCUGGCUUCGUGGAGCGAGUGGGAAGGGCCGAAGUCAUGAUUGCAUUUCAGCUUCCGCAUGCUCGUGCAAACGACUGGUGCAAGAAGACCUUGCCACUUGGGCAUCCGGAGUUGCGCUGGGUGUCAAGACCACCUGAGUCACCAAUGCCUGAUAGUGUGGGUGCUUCCAGAGAGGCACCCAUGGAGGAGAAGAGGAUGAUGUGCAAAACCUCAUCGGGUUUUAUCGGGACCAACCUGCCGACCAAUUGGACGGAAGAUGAGCUUAAUCUGUACGAUGCCCUGUACGCAGAGCUGGAGAGCAAGUCUAAAGACCAGCCUGCUUCAGAAGACAUGGAUCCCCUCGCGGCGCAGCAGUCCGACUUCAUAGCACAGUCUGCUUUGCCGCGCCGUGCAUUGCGGGAGAUUUGGCAGGUAGCCAACCCACACCUCAGGGCCAACCUUGGCCCGGAGGAGUUUCGGGCGUGCUGCCGACUGGUUGGCCAUUGCCAGGUCGCCGCAAACGCGCCCUCGGACGACAAGGCGGCGCUGGGAUGCCCUGCAACUCGCACUGCGCCGUUCGACUUGGGAGGUUCAGGCACUCAAGGCUGCAAGCUGGAUGCCGCUGUGCUCGAGGUGUUGCUGCAGGGUAAGAUCGGUAAGAUGGGCAACGCCAUGGUUUCUUCCCAAGGGGCGGCGCGAAUCUUGCUGCUGACUGCCUUGGUGGUCUGUGAGUGCGUUUCUUCUACCAAACUGGUUUUGUGGAGGAAUGGCGAAGAGAGGUAUCGGACCCUCAUUGGCGUGGUUGGCCACGAGGGUAGCUGCGAGCCAAGCUGUGUGGAGAAGCGCGACGUGGUGGUUCCGCCCAAUGUUUUCUACAAGGUCAAAGUUGAGGUUGCGCAGGUGGACAUGCAUUCCAAAGAUGAGCAUGUCAACGUUAAGGUUGGAGGACAGAGCGUGACAUGCAGCCCGAAAGUUGCUUCCGACUAUAACUGCUCGUUGAUAGAGUGUGGCAACAUAAACUUCGGCCGCGUGGUCAAUUCCGAAGUCCUUGUUGAGGUGCAGGCAUUCCGCACCCGCGAUACGUGCAAAUGUGCGGCGAGCCCGCAGGGUGAUGUGGACUGCUACAGUGAAUUGCUGUCCGGAUUGGAUGCAAAGUAUGGCGCGUUUGUUCGCUUGACUUUCGAGCCGCAGGUCAGUGCUUCUUGGGUGACUGGAGACUGGGGCUUGUGCGAUCAAAUCGACUGCAUCACGCCAACUGCAACGACAAAUCGAUCUGUGCAAUGCAGAGUUUUCGAUCCCGGCGAUGUGGGUGAUGGUGGCGAACGUUGCGCAGAGCCGACUCCCGAAUCCGUGCGAUUCUGCCAGGAGGCUCCAGAGUGCAUUCCGCCAGAUGCCUGUGAUGAUUGCUUCUCGAUGGCACAUCUCCGAGCUGAUCGGCAAGAGGCCGAAAUGAAUUGGAGCGCUAUCGUUGUGUACUCCGCCACUUCUGGUUCUGUCUUCGUGGAUGACACGGGGCGGCCGCUGCAACUGAGGCUUCUGCGGGGGCAGGCCCAGGUGAGCUGCAGCGCCACCUUCAGCGUACUUCCGGCAGGUUCACCGUUGUCGAUCGCAUGCAUUUCGCUGGUCAGCUGUGAUACUGGCAAAUAUUUGGUGCGGAGAUUCACUGACAGUUUCAGAAGCUUCUCGGACUUGAUGAUGUCUGAGGACGACGGCUCUUUUCAGUUCCGCAUGCAAGCGACCUUCCACUUGAAGCGAGUUGCUGCAGCAGGGUAUGUACUGGCAGAUCCCUACCACGGAGGGGAACAGAGCCCGCCCUUUGCUGUGGCACAGGGUGUGCCCACUUGGCUGGCUUCAGGCACAGAUCAAAACAGCCAAAGCUGCUCGUUGGAUUUGAUGUUGCUUGGAACAACUCAAGAGAUGUGCCGUGCCUCGACCACAUACCUAACAUGCCCCGAUGCAUCAGACGGAGCUUUCGGUCGAUGCUGUGUGCCUGGCAGCUGUCCGACAGAUGCAAUUCCACCGCCAUCAUCUUGCAGCACUGCUGAGGGAUCACCUGGCCUGGCCCUUGUUAUGGCAGGUUUCUGUGAAGAUGUUCGCUGUUCUCCAAUAGAGGGACGAGAGGAAUGCGAGCGUGCAGCGGCUGCCAUGGGGUUUACUGGCAGUGGUGGUACAGCUGCAUCCGCGCAGCUGCGGGUGUCCAACAAUCUUCCUUUAUUUUGCUCGUGGGAAUACGCGACGGCUGACAACGGGUUCCCUGUCCUCUGGCUGAACAAGAUCCCAGAUCGAGGUGCUGAAGCUACGGAGCGGAUUCCGCAAAUCUGCCGUUGCGGUGAGGCACGCCCAAGCCGAAUUUACACCUGGUCACAAGGUGAGUGGAGUGCCUGCAGCCGAUCAUGCGGCUGCUGGGUGGUGAGUCAAAAGUAG